AAUAGAUGGCGCAAGAAAAUAUUGUGUCCCUGCCCAGAUAUUACUCAGGUGUCUGUGAAGAGAAAGGAGAGGAGUAUUUUGAUUACAGAUCUUAUGAACCAACUUUUUACUCCCAGGAAGGAUAUGAACUGAUCAAAAAGAUUGGCAGAGGCAAAUACUCUGAAGUCUAUGAAGGGAUAGAUGCGAAGAAUGACAACAGAAUAGUAGUAAAGAUCCUCAAGCCAGUAAAGGAUGAGAAGAUUAGAAGAGAGAUAAAAAUUCUGAAUGAUCUUAAGGGAGGAACUAAUGUAAUCCAGCUCCUUGAUGUUGUUAAAGAUGAAGCCUCAGGCACUCCUGCUCUCAUCACUGAAUUUGUUGAUACAGGUGACUAUGACUUCAGAGAGCUUUACUCAACCUUCACAGAUUUUGAUAUUCGUUACUAUAUGUAUGAGAUUCUGAAAGGACUUGACUAUUGUCACUCACAAGGAAUCAUUCAUAGAGAUAUCAAACCUCAUAAUGUAAUGAUCGAUCAUAACAAGAAGAAACUGAGGAUUAUUGAUUGGGGACUUGCUGAAUAUUACCUUCAAGGGGAGGAAUAUAAUGUCAGAGUUGCAUCAAGAUACUUCAAGGGUCCUGAAUUAUUAGUAGGAUAUAGAACCUACGAUUACUCUCUUGAUAUGUGGAGUCUAGGAUGCAUGCUUGCAGGGAUGAUUUUCAGAAAAGAACCAUUUUUCAAAGGGAAAUCUAAUCCUGACCAACUUGUCAAAAUAGUAAAAGUGCUUGGAACUGCUGCUCUUAAGAAAUACCUUAACAAGUAUCAAAUUGAGAUUGAUGAAGAAUUUGAGCACGAAUUGGGGUCUCACAAGAGAAAGUCAUGGGAUUGCUUUAUAAACUCAACUAAUAAAGAUUUGGUUACUGAAGAAGCUCUUGAUUUCUUGGAUAAACUCUUGCUUUACGAUCAUUCCAAGAGAAUUCUUCCAAAAGAAGCGAUGCUACAUCCAUAUUUCAAGCCAGUCAGAGAGGCAAUGAAAGAUGAGACAAUGAGUUAGAUUAUCCUGGUUAAAACAAUUGGACAUGCUUAUAAUUUCAAUCCAAAUU